AUGCUGAUUAUACUGCUUUGCAUUUUGGGUUCCACCAGUGCCUGGUACGAAACCAGCCCUUGGAGUACCUCCACCCGACGGUAUUACGCCACCCCCCAAGACCAACAAGCGCAACGGCAGUGGACCGAACCGUACUUCGAUCUGAGCGUUUCCCGCAACGUAACGGUGCGGGAAGGUGAAACGGCAUUCCUUACCUGUCGGGUGGAAAAUCUGGCCAAGUACAGCAUCUCCUGGGUGCGGCACCACGAUCUGCACAUACUGGCCAUCAACGCGGACACGUUCACGUCGGACGAGCGGUUCCAAGCGCUGUACAACGACCAGACCGAGGAGUGGACGCUCAAGAUAAGGCGAACGCGCCGGAAGGACACCGGUAUCUACGAAUGCCAGAUAUCUACCAUGCCGGUGAAGAGUUUGCAGCUGUAUCUGAUUGUUCUCGAUGAAUCGCAGCUAGUCAGACGACAGGACGACAUACUUUACGACAUUCCGCCAUCCUCCGGCGAGCAUUCGGAGGGUCAAAAGGCGGUGGACGCCCACAAUCGGAUGUACGCGGAUCGUGUCAAUGAUUAUCUCUUUCUAGCGACCACCACACAAAUCCUCGAGGGUACGAUCGUGUACGGUUACAAAGGACAAAACGUCAAUCUCACCUGCAUCGUCAAUCACAACUACGACCGGCGACCGAGCCACAUCGUGUGGUACCAUCAAAAGGACAUCGUUGCCUACGAGUCGCUGCGGAAGCGUGGACGAUCCUCCCUGAACAGCAUCACCUCGCACCAUCUGAUACGGAACGCGGAGUUCGAUGACGCUGGAAACUACACCUGCGCCCCGGAGCUGUAUGCCAGCGCCAGCACCAUUGUGCACAUCCUAGACGGUGAAGAAGCACAAGAGUCCAACAGCGCCAACCGUAGACGGGUAAAUGUCGGGACGAUUUUGCUUUGCGGAACGGUUGUCGUACUGAGCGUACUGUACAACCAUCGCGAUAGGAUGAGUUAA